ACCCCGCAUUUCUCUCUCCUUCUCCCAUCUCCUCGCCAGCUUCUCACUGCCGCUGCUGCUGCGGCCUCCGACGACGCUCAAAAGCUCAGCUACGACGUGAUACGGCAUGCCGCGCGAGAACAGCUUCAGCGACUCGGAUGGCCGCUCGCUCACUCCAGACCUCGACGAAGGGCUCGCAACAUCCCCUGUCUACGACGGCCCGACUGCAGAGAAGCUACCAAGCGUGCGCCCCCAUGUCAAAAAUGAAGACAUACAAUCGUCACCGUCGCUCAUCAACACCUCCCCCCAGCAGACUCGCCGGUCGCGAGAGGCCAAUGCGACCUCUCCAGUCACGUCCCCGCUCGGGGCCCCGCCUCCUACUAGCGCACAAAGGCCAUCAUUCUUGACGCCAGCGGAGCGAUUCCGUUCAACUGUCCGCAAAGUGAUGGCGAUGCGGCGGACAUCUUCGCUGAUGGUCCGCCGCGGUGUCGGCGCCGAGCCUGGUAUCGACCCCCGCCGCGCAUCCGCGUUCCUCAGCUACGGCCACAUCCGGCAGCAAUGUCUCAUCGAGGUCAACGACUAUUCAACGAUGCGGACAAGCUUUGGACGGAUGACGAACGCGGAGUUUAUUCGUCUGCUCGCAGACAGCAGCGCUAGCCGGAGGGAGCCGUGGGUGAAGGUUCGCUGGAUCAAUGUGGGCGGUAUCAGCUGGGACGUCGUCAGCGCGUUGGCGCUCAAGUACGACAUGCACCCCCUGGCGCUGGAAGAUGUACUGCACCAGCGCGGAAACGCCCGAUCCAAGGCCGAUUACUACAACAAGCACCUCUUCCUGCGUGUCCUGUGUCAUUCCCUGUCAAACGAUGAUGAUACCGGCGGCCCUAACAUUUCGCACCUUCCCCGUUCGGAGUCGCCCACAAACAUGGAUGAUGACGACGAAGAGGACUCCGAGUUCCAGUUCGGCAAGUCGGGGAAGGCCGCCGAGACCGACGUCGACGACGAGCGCACGAUGUACGGCAGCGCGAACGCAUCGCGCUUCUCCACCCAGCGCGGUAACGGAAACACGCUCCGCCAGCGCUUCGGCCGCGCGGACGUCGAGAGCCCGCCUGCGCCCAAUCUGGCGCGGUUCGCAGGCUUCGAGGAGGAGGUCAAGGCGAACAAGGACGCGCGCAACCGCAAGCUGCUCCGCGAGCUCAAGCGCGGGGACCGCGUGAACGUGAACAUCGCGCCGCUGUGCAUAUUCCUGAUGCGCGACGGGACGGUCAUCUCGAUGCACAAGGACAACACCCUCAACUUCACUGCGCCGAUUACUGAGCGAUUGCGGCAGCGCGAUACCGGUCUGCGUACAACUGCAGAUCCGUCGCUGCUGGUCCAGUCACUAUUGGAUCUCGUCGUGGACCAGGCCUUGGAGGUCGUCGACGAGUACCAAGGCAGGAUUUUGAAAAUCGAGCAGGCUGUGUUGCUGAAGCCGAGCAUGAAGACGGUCCGUCGGCUGCAUAUCCUGCAAGGCGACCUCAUUCUGCACAAGCGAACGCUCGAGCCUAUCAAGACCGUCAUCUACGGCCUGCGGCGGUACGACGUAGACCGGGUAAUGGCGCUCAGGGAGCACGUCGACCCGAACGCGAAGGUGGAAGGGUACAUGAGCCACAAAGCCAAGAUCUACCUCGCGGAUGUACACGACCACAUGGAGUAUAUCUUGACGAGCCUCGACAUGAUCGCGGGGAUCACGGACAACCUGAUCAACUACACGUUCAACAUGGCGUCCUAUGAUAUGAACGAGACGAUGCGCCAACUCACUCUCGCGACGAUUAUCUUCCUGCCGCUAACGCUGCUCACGGGUUACUUUGGAAUGAACUUCGCCACCAUGCCGUCCGUCCAGGAUCACAGCGACGCCUUGUUCUGGGAGAUUGCGAUGCCUGUAAUGGUCGUAGUCGUGGUGCUGUUCAUGCAGAACGACAUCAAGCGCAUGAUACACUACCUGAGCAAGCGCAUGACGCGUCAUCGCAUCAAGAAGAACUACCGCCCCAAGCGUGCCUAGGGCUUCGGUCCAAGUGCCGACCCCUGUCGUCCUUGUCUAUUCGCUGUUAGAUUAUAUCGUCGCUGUUGCUGUGCGUGCUCUCCCCCUCUCAUUACGGAUCCUUGGUUGGCGUCGUUUGAGUAUAACCAUCUGUGAAUAUGAUACCUGUAUGUGCAUACCGGAUACUAACGAUACUGAUACUCUGGGCCGGGCUGCCCUACAUACACCGCUCCCUCCCACAUCCCACGUUCACGAGUUCCCCUGUCGUCAUUACAUUACCAUCUACCCGAUUUUACGAUCGCUGUCCCGCUCAGUACAAUAUAUUAUGCGACGCCGUGCCUCACGCUCCUUGCUUUGUAACUAUCCCCACGGACACACUACAGGAACGUGGUUAAUCC